AUGGCAAAUAUUGUUGAAAGUGCAGUGCAGCACUUGUAUUUGCAGGUGAAAGAUGCUAUGGAUGUGUCGUUUAUGAAUUCUAAAGCUCCACCUGCUUCUGUGAUAACGAAGAAACAGGAUAUUUUGCCUUGGAUUUCUGAUGGGAAACUUGCCUUAGCACUACCUGUUGUUGCUUAUUGGCUUUAUUCGAUGUUUUUCCAUUACAUUGAUACCAAUGAGGUUUUCGAACAGUACAGGAUUCAUCCAAGCGAGGAAGUACAACAGCGGAAUAAGGCCUCAAGAUUAGAGGUUUUAAAAGAGGUGAUAUUACAACAUUUCAUUCAAACAUUUACUGGACUUGGUAUGCUCUACUUGGAUCCUGUGCCGACUUCAGGGUUUGAGAAGUAUGAGAUGUGGAAAUGGAGGCAAUCUUUACCCUUUUUCGUACCAUCUGUUUUCAUCAAGUUUAUGUAUUGCUAUGGAUGGUCUAUGAUAAGGAUAUUUAUUGGGUUUUGUAUCGUAGAUUCGUGGCAGUAUUGGCUGCAUAGGGUGAUGCAUAUGAAUAAGACACUUUACAAAAAAUUCCACUCACGUCAUCAUAGGUUAUAUGUUCCUUAUGCGUACGGUGCAUUGUACAAUUCCCCAGUGGAAGGUUUCCUCCUUGACACUUUGGGUACAGGCAUUGCUGCAAUCGUGACACAAUUAAAUCAUACAGAACAAGUUGUUCUAUACACUUUUGCUACUUUGAAAACAGUGGACGAUCAUUGCGGAUAUGCUUUGCCCCUGGACCCAUUCCAGUGGUUGUUUUCAAAUAAUGCAGUGUAUCACGACAUUCACCAUCAGUCUUUUGGUAUCAAGUCCAAUUUUUCUCAACCAUUCUUUACCAUAUGGGAUAAGUUUUGUGACACCAAGUAUCAUGGAUUUGAAGAGUAUGAGAAAAAACAAAGACGUGUCACCAUUGACAAGUACAAGGAGUUUUUGAACAAAAGAAAACUCGAACACCAGGCCAAGUUAAAAGCUAUGAAAGAGAAGAUGUCAUAG